UGCUUUUAUUUAAAUGUUUAUAUGAACUGGCAGCAUCUUUGCUUGAGUUUCAAGGUUCUAUUAAAGUCACAUUUUUUCAAUCUCAUUACACAUGUGAUAUUUUCAACUAGAUUCUAGAAAAUGGGAAGACAACCAUGUUGUGAUAAGGUUGGUUUGAAGAGAGGACCAUGGACUAUUGAGGAAGAUCAUAAGCUUGUGAGUUUUAUCCUUAAUAAUGGGAUUCAUUGUUGGAGAGUGGUUCCUAAACUUGCAGGUCUUUUAAGAUGCGGAAAAAGUUGUAGACUGAGAUGGAUUAAUUAUCUUAGGCCGGACCUUAAGAGAGGUGGGUUUACUGAAAUGGAAGAAGAUCAAAUUAUUCAACUACAUGCACGUCUUGGUAACAGGUGGUCAAAAAUUGCUUCGCAUUUUCCUGGAAGAACAGACAAUGAAAUUAAGAACCAUUGGAACACAAGAAUCAAGAAGAAGCUAAAAUUCCUUGGUUUGGAUUCUAUGAACCUCAAACCAAUUGAGCAAAAGCAACAAACUGAUAAUUAUGAUGACAAAGACAAAACUAACCACCAACAACUGAAUGAUUCAGAAAAUGUGGAGAAUAUUAAAUCCUUGGAUAGUGAUGGCACAAAAGAAAUGACAAAAACAGAAGAAAACAAAGUGUUUUGGGAUGAUAGUGAUGAACUUUUAAACAAGUUUGAAAUGCUAUGUUCAACUUUGGACUGGGGCACAUGGAUAAGCCAAGACACCAACAUUAGUACUACUACUAAUUCUGUUUCUAGUUCUUCUGUCUCUUUGGAUGAUACUACUACUAGCCAUAUUUCUAUUGAUGAAUCCUCCUACUUUCAACAUGAUUCAUUACACCAAUGGGUUGAUAAUAUGGAUUCCAUUCUCUCAUGGGAUGCCUUCAAUCCCCUUGAUCAAGAUAUUUCUUUUUUCGAAAAAUAGAAAAUAAAUUAUCUAUUAAGCACUGAUCCAUACAUUAGACACAGACACGUCAACUGCACUAAUGAUUGAUGUAAUUCCAUGUGUCAAUAUCAUAUUGAUGUCUGAUGCUGACACGUGUUGAACACCUGACACACGUUCUAUUAGAAGUGUUGCAGUUACCUACGUAUAAUCACGUCUUAUAAACUACCCUAUGUUUAUAACUUCUCAAGCAAUAAAAUGCUAUAGUAAUGUAUACAACAGUGCCACUUUUACUUAUUUCUGCAUUUUUUUUUGGCUGCAAUGAUGGUUAAUAUGAGGAUGAUUCAA